GAAACCAGCCGGAACUGCUUCCUUCUCACCCCCCGACUAUCAAAACAUUCGUGCGCAAUGGGAGAGUCCGCGUCCUCGGAAAUCCAUUUUCCAAUGUGAAAUUCCGCGUUGGUUGUCAGGAAAAUUCCUCCAAAAUUGUCUGCUCCGCCAUGCUCCAGCUGAACGACACCGUGGAUCCGGAGAGCCCGGGUGCUGCGGUUCUCCUCCCCGCAGAGACCGACGAGGGGGUCGAGGUCGCCUUCACGCCUCCGGAGGCCGCCGGACGGGGGUUCGGACACGCAGCCUCCGUGGCCUGCUGCCCCCCGCUGCAAACGCUCACGCCUUUUCACGUGCACAACCCCACGAUGCAAGCGAAAGUCAAGGACUACUUCGUGUUCAGGCCAGGUACCAUCGAGCAGGCGGUGAACGACAUCCGGACCGUGGCGCUGCCAUCCGAGGACGGGGAGGUGCUCAGCGUCUGGCUGCUGGCAGAAGUAGACCAUUGGAACAACGAGAGGGAGAGACUUGUUCUAAUAACCGACAGGUCUCUGCUGGUGUGCAAGUACGACUUCAUUAAUCUGCUGUGUCAGCAAGUUGUCAGGAUAUCCCUCAGCGCUGUAGACACCAUCUCUGUGGGGGAGUUUGAAUUCCCACCGAAAUCUCUCAACAAAAGAGAGGGCUACGGGAUUCGCGUUCAGUGGGACAAACGUCCUCGGGCUUCUUUUCUCAACCGCUGGAACCCUUGGUCCACAGACAUGCCCUACGCCACCUUCACAGAGCACCCCAUGGCCCGCGCCGAUGAAAAGGUGUCCUCCCUCUGCCAGCUGGACAGUUUCAAAGCCCAGCUGAUACAGGCGGUGAAGAAAGCCCACAAGGAGCACCCCAUCCCCGGCCGGGCUAACGGCAUCCUGAUCUUGGAAAGACCCCUGCUGAUCGAGACCUAUCUGGGCAUCAUGUCUUUCAUCAACAACGAAGCCAAGCUGGGCUACUCCAUGACGCGUGGCAAAAUCGGCUUCUGAGUUUCUCACAGGAUUGAUUGUCCCCGUCCGUCUUUGUUAAACUGCACUGUCUGACAGAAGCUGCAGUUCAAUACAACUUGCCUGUGUGUGUGUGUGUGUGUGUGUGUGUGUGUCUCAGUCGAGCCCGUGACAUGUCCACACUUUCUUAAUUUGGUGUUGGAGACAUGUGGUCAGCCUGCAGCAGGUAAAAGACAGUUGGAGCUGUAAUGACUUCCGUUUCAUUUUAUUCACUGCUUUCCAUUAAAAAUCUGCAGAUCAACUCCCCACUCUGCAGCGUACGCUUUAAGUAAGAUAACUUGCAAAACUCCUACACUCCUUGUAGAUUUAGUAAGUUCCUGAAACUUAGUUGUCAUUUCUGCUCUUAAAUGGGUUAAAUCAGGAAUUGGCUUUGUUUGAGUUUUUAUCUACAGCAACAAACCAUGAAACAAUGUUAGUUAAAACAAUAGCAUUAGACUUGGUACAUUAUAUGGUACAGAACUCAAUGGCUGCAUUAUUCCAAAAGGGAAUUUGCCAAUUAUGUCAUAUGAUGAACACAAUAAGGAGGCUAACUAAUAAAUUGCUUCUCUACAUCAACAACACACGCACAGCGAAAGUUACAUGUUGUUUAAUUUUCUUGAGUAAGGAGCAAGGAUUUGUUACUGGUGUUCUAUGCAGGAGUUUUGAUCUUUUUCCUUUAUAUUUUGCUUCCAGUAACCACGUUUCCUCCUGAAGAACUUUGAGCAACAGAUUAUUAAAACUUGGCCAUUUUCGAUGAAGGCAAGUUGAAAAAUGCCUUGAAGUGGUGUAAUAAAAAAAUCAUGGGUUCUAUUUUAACACAAUUUAAGGCUUUUACGUUUUCAAAAGCUGAAACAGGAUAGUGUGAGAGAUCCAUACCCUUUUUUAUUUCUACAGCUACCCAGACCUGUAAAAUACCAAAAGGAAAUUCAAAACUUUUUUUAAGCCUGCAUAGGAACCACUGAGAUGAUUGAAAGAUUUAGCAAAGUAACGUCAAUCUAUGGCAAAGUGAGAGUAGCAGCAUUUCCUCAGACAUGAUGCAAGGAGUACUUGGAACAAAAUGGGCAUGAAUUCUUAAGGAAACAAGGUAUCAGCGAUUACAUUUGUUUUUUUCAAAGAAGAUAAAAGAUAAAAAUGCUCAGUAAAAAUACACACAUCAUGUCUGGUGCCUAGUGUAGGAUAGAUUUAAAACUGGUUCAGUUUGUCAGGUCCAGAUUUAACAAUGGUUUGUGCCAAAAACAUCAGUUGCCUACCGAAACAUCCUGAAUGGCCAGGCUUUCACCUUAACCGAUUCACCAAGCCUUAAAUGGUGAAAAUAUGGUUCAAGAAGAAUGAACUGACAUUUUCAUACCAACAUAGACAAACACAGAAUCCAAACUUUAUCCACAAUGACAAUUUUUAAGAUGUGCCUGAGAAGAGCGAGUAGAAAAUUCCCCCUUUAUCCAAAUAACUUCAUUUUUUUAAAAUCUAGGCCAAUGCCUGUCCAACCAAAAAUUCAAAACAAGCAAACCUAAACGGUUGUCUCGCAGCACAUUUCUCUGUCCUUGCGCAUGGUCCUUGCAUGGCAAGUUUGCAUGACAGACUUUUUUUUUUGUUGCACAAUAAGCUAUGCUUAGUUGUAAAUAAAUGUUUAUCUGGAUUUUUAAAAUUAAUGUAUGAAGGCUAAUACAAAAUGUCUCAUGUAUGCCAGCUGAAAAGUAUUUUAUUUAAAAAGAGAAAUGUCUUGUUAAAAAUGUUUUGAGGCUUCGUUUUUGAUCCGUGUUUUCAGCUCACCAGCCAAGACGGAGAAAAAGUAAUAAAGACGUUCCUGUUUUUGUAAUGACA